CCCCGCGCUUAUCGGGUAUCGGCACCGGCCGUGGGACGGAGAACGGGAUCGAUCCAACUGAAUAGAAGACCAGUCACCAGCCGGCAGCGGAACUCCAGCUGUUUUUCAGCUGAACCGGAACAAUCAAUCGGCCGGAGAGGUUUUUUUUUUUUCAAAAACGGCUCAACCGCAGAGCCACAUUUACAUUUCACACAGACACCCGACCCACACAAAAACCCGUUCUGAACACAAAAAUCCCAAAACAGAAGAGACAGGACAAGCCAGAAGAUGAUCAGCUACUGAUUUCCGGCGAGCUCGGACCGACGGACUUUUCGACCGCCAGCCGGCUUCGGGACGAGCGGGAUCCGCUGCCAAACAUUUUUCAACGCCCACGACAAAAGUGGAAGAAUUUUUUCGGCCUUUUCUUCUCGUAAGAUAAACCAAAAUGGGCGACAAGAGGUUCAAUUUCUACGACAAUGUCUGGGACCAGAGUAAAUAUUCAGGCAGAUUUAAAUAUUUUGCCUGGGUGACAGAUCCCAGAUUGAACUUUGUUAGCAGCGAAUGCCUUGACAGGGCUAAAACCCUCAGAAGUCUAUAUUUACAGAAACGAGAACCUCCUGGUACAACCCAAGAGCAAUUGCUGUACGCAAAGAAGUUGUACGACAGCGCUUUCCAUCCAGAUACAGGUGAUAAGAUGAACUUGUUUGGUCGCAUGUCUUUUCAAGUUCCGGGAGGAAUGCUUAUCACUGGUGCCAUGCUUACAUUUUACAGCAGAACUGUGCCCGCUCUUGUUUUCUGGCAAUGGGUGAAUCAGUCAUUUAAUGCUCUGGUCAAUUACACGAAUAGAAACGCAAACUCUCCUCUCAGCGUGAAACAAAUGGGGUUCGCGUACGUUACAGCCACUUCAGCCGCCUGCGUCACGGCAAUCGGCUUUAAGAAUUUCCUCAUGAAGAGAUCUAAUCCAUUUAUACAGAGGUAUGUUCCAUUUGCUGCUGUCGCGGCGGCGAACUGUGUCAACAUUCCGCUCAUGAGGCAAAAUGAACUAGUAAACGGCAUUGAUGUUUAUGAUGCAAAGGACAAACAUGUUGGUGAAUCUCGUGUUGCUGCAUUGAAAGGUAUAAGUGAAGUUAUCCUGUCAAGAAUUGUCAUGUGUGCUCCGGGAAUGACCUUGUUACCCGUCAUAAUGGAAAGAUUGGAACGUAAUUGUACAUUCAAAACAGCGGUUUGGGCCCAUGCGCCAUUUCAGACCUUGAUGUGCGGUGGAUUUUUGCUAUUCAUGGUCCCAGCUGCUUGUGCUUUGUUCCCUCAAAGAUGUUCUUUGAAAACGGAUACAAUGAGAAAAUUCGAGGCCGGCAAGUACUGUCAGAUGACGAAGAAAUACAGUAACGAAAAUCAAAUCCCUCCUGUGGUUUAUUUUAAUAAAGGCCUGUAAAUAAAGAUCAAUUAACCGUA